AUGGCUGAAGGCAUGUCGGUGGCGAUAUUGGUGGUUUCUUGGCUAGAGACUUGCAUCGGCUUGGUGUUUCUGGCACUGCGUUUCUUGAGCACUUGGAAGUUUCAAGGCCGUUUUAGAUGGGAUUUUGCGGCUGCCACAUUAACUGUGGCUAUACAGACCAUCGCCCAGCUAUUCCUGCAACUCUCCGUUAACGCAGGAAUGGGAAACCAUAUGACCGACCUUAAUACUGCGCAAAGAGUGGCAGCAUUAAAAUGGGGAUGGGUUUUCCAGCUACUCGCCAUUGGAGCGAGCAUGGUCGGCAAAAUAGCGAUCCUGGCAUUCUUGAUCCAGGUACGGGGCCGACGAGCAUCAAAACCCUGGCUAUUAAUUCUUCUUGGGGUUCUAAUUUUCGUGAUCAACAUUGCCGUCAUGGGAACCAUUCUGGGCCAAUGUUCGCCGAUGGAGAAACUAUGGAAUGAUGCCCUCCCAGGAUCAUGCGACCCGGGGCGCAAGAUGAAUCAGAACUACUCCUUUUUCCAAGCCAGUUUUAAUGUGCUCUCCGAUGCUGUUUUGGCUUCAUAUCCAGCCCAUCUUUUCUGGAAGCUUCAAAUGAAAUUACGAAUCAAGAUUGCUCUGUCUAUCCUGAUGGGACUUGGCUGGGUAGCUGCAGUAUGUUCAGCCCUCAAGUGCUACGAACUGAAAGCGUUAACCCAGACCGACGACGUUACCUACGCCCAAUCCUCCCUCCUUAUCUGGGCUUCCACAGAAGCUUGGAUUAUCAUCAUCGUGGGCUGCGUUCCACCGAUUCGCCCCCUGAUGGAACGCAUUCUCCAACACCUCGGUCUCACAAGCAAGAAGACGUCAACUCCUUACUACGACCAGAACCACCAUGCCUACCCUACAUAUGGAACCAAUAGAUCGCAUGUCGCAUCAUCAACCCAUCAAUCAAUUGCAAAGAAAGACCGCAAGCCGCGUGGGCGAGGGGAAGAGGACUUGGCUUGGGUGGAACUCACGAAUGCUCGGGAUUCCAAUGAUAGUAAAGGGCAGAUAAUUGGCGAUACAAAUAUUGUUGUCACUACAGAGUUUGGUACGCAAUUUGAGGAGCGUGGGGCUCAUCAUGCUGGGUCAUCAGCCGCCAGCCAGACUUCAGGUGAGGAUGGGAUUGGAAGCCCUCGUGCCGAUAUACGAAAAGUGGUUUGA